AUUUAAAGAAGAAAUUCUAUAUAAAAAAAUAAAAUAAAAAUGUCAGCUCGUAUGUACGAAAAUUUCAAAGUCAACUCACCAAAUGUUAAAUAUACUGAAGAAAACAUCAUUUCAGAUUAUACUUAUCAAACUACCAGAACUCAAUAUGUUAAUAACGAAUUAAUUGUUGAACCAGUUGAACAAAAGUACACUUUCAAAACUGAACGUAAAGUACCAAAAUUAGGUUGUAUGAUUGUUGGUUUAGGUGGUAACAAUGGUACUACUGUUGUUGGUGGUGUUAUUGCCAACAGAGAAGGUCUUUGCUGGAAUACCAAACAAGGUCUUCAAACUCCAAACUAUUUUGGUUCAGUUGUUAUGUCAUCAACCAUCAGAAUGGGUCAUGACGAACAAGGUCGUGAUGCUUUUGUCCCAUUAAAAACUGUCAUCCCAAUGGUUCAUCCAAAUGAUAUUGUUUUCGGUGGUUGGGAUAUCAACGGUGCCAAUUUAGCUGAUGCCAUGCAACGUGCUCAAGUUUUCGAUUACGAUUUACAAGUUCAAUUAAUCCCACACAUGAAAGAUAUCACUCCACUUCCAUCAAUCUAUUUCCCAGAUUUCAUUGCUGCCAAUCAAAAAGACAGAGCUGAUAAUGUUUUAACCGGUACCAAAAAAGAACAAAUGGAACAAAUCAGAAAAGAUAUCAGAGAUUUCAAAGAAAGCAACAAACUCGACAAAGUCAUCGUUUUAUGGUCAGCCAACACUGAACGUUUCUCAUCAGUUGUCCCAGGUGUCAAUGAUACCAUCGAAAAUCUUUUCGCUGCUCUCGAACGUGGUGAAGAAGAAAUCUCACCAUCAACUCUCUUUGCUAUUGCUUCAAUCUUAGAAAAUACCCCAUACAUCAACGGUUCACCACAAAAUACUUUUGUUCCAGGUGUUGUUGAAUUAGCCCUCCAACGUAAUGUUACCAUUGGUGGUGAUGACUUCAAGACCGGUCAAACUAAAAUCAAAUCAGUUCUUACCGAUUUCCUCGUUGGUGCUGGUAUCAAACCAGUUUCAAUUGUUUCAUACAACCAUUUAGGUAACAAUGAUGGUAAAAAUCUUUCAGCCCCACAACAAUUCCGUUCAAAAGAAAUUACCAAAUCAAAUGUUGUCGAUGAUAUGAUUGCUUCAAACAAUAUCCUCUACAAACCAGGUGAACACCCAGAUCACGUCAUUGUUAUCAAAUACGUCCCAUACGUUGGUGAUUCAAAGAGAGCUAUGGACGAAUAUACCUCACAAAUUUUCAUGGGUGGUCACAACACCAUCGUUCUCCACAACACCUGUGAAGAUUCACUCUUAGCUGCCCCAAUCAUUUUAGAUCUUGUUAUUUUAGCCGAAGUUUGCAACCGUAUUUCAAUGAGACAAGAAGGUACCGAUUCAUUCGCUAGUUUCCACCCAGUCCUUUCACUCCUUUCAUAUCUCUUAAAAGCUCCAUUAGUCCCAGAAAAAGCUAAUGUUGUCAAUGCUUUAUUCAAACAAAAAGCUGCUAUUGAAAAUGUAUUUAGAGCAUGUAUUGGUUUAGCCCCAGAAAACAACAUGUUAUUAGAACAAAGAUUAUAAACAGACCCUUUUUCAAUAUUAAAAUUAUAAUUAUAUUCACCCCCAAUCAUUUUAACUUAACAUAUAUUUAUCUUUUUUUUUGUAAUAAAUCAUAAUACCCAGUUUCUAAAAUGCCACUUUAAUAAAUUAACAAGCUUUUAAAAAAUCACCC